AUGCAGAAAGCCGACGAACUCCCUGUUCCUUAUGCAUCCUUUGUAACUUCUUAUGGGACUUAUGGAAAAUGCGAUGAGUGUGAACAUGCUGUUGAUUCAACCGCGGAAAUCCGGGGUAAGCGUUAUUGCAGUGUCUGCAAGGAAAAGAAAUUUCCGAAGUCAACGGCGAAAUUUCAAGACACUGACGCAGCAUUCAAAUGUCCUGCAAAGAACUGCGAAGCGGAUAAACUUUCUUAUCAUCAAUUUUAUGUGGGAUCUUGCUGCGACGUCGCUUUGAAUAGAGAGAUAUCAGACGAGGAAGAGGAAGAAUGCUUGCUUAUUCAAAAGAUUUAUCAGCAGUCGAAACGCGACGAAGAGUCUUCUGUCAGAAACUCCUGGGAUGCCCGAGAUUCUUUCGACGACGCGAGGCGAAAAGUCCGAAAUAUCAAACAUGAACUGUGCGUUGCUGAACAGCAAGCAGGCUUUGCGAAAAAAAAGUGUGAUGCUGCAGAAAGGAAGGAAAAAACGAGCAGAGAAUGGCACAACAAAGUGAAGAAACGUCUUUUUGUCGCCGCAAAAGCAGUUCAAGAUAGCAGCAGCAGUAGCAGCGAUAGUAGUGAUUCCGACGAUGAUGUUAUUUUUGUUACAAAAAAGAAGGCGAAGCAAGAUGAAGUGAUUGAAAAGCUCCAAUGCAAGGUCUGUUUCAACCCCUUCGACGACAACCGCCCAGAAGCCAUCAUCAUUCCCUGCGCGCACAAGUUCUGCUUCAACUGCAUCUCAGCCCUUCCGGAGAAAAAAUGCCCCAACUGCCGCACCGACUUUACUGACAACAAUGUCUACAAGACUCACUAA